AUGGACAAGGACGAGGCCCAGGCGUACCUCCAGUCCCUGCUGAACAAGAACCUGCGCAUCACCACCACGGACGGGCGCCUGUUCUGGGGCUCCUUCAAGUGCACCGACCCAGACAGCAACGUCGUGCUGGCUCACACGUACGAGUACCGCCAGCCGUCGGACGAGAGGGUGCGCCGGCACCUCGCGGAGGAGGCCGCCGAGGGCACGACUGUUGCACUUGACAUGACGUCGCGCUACCUCGGCCUCAUUGUCGUGCCGGGCCACCACAUCGUCAAGAUGGAGCUGGAGCAGUUUGCGAGCCAGCUGCCACGAUGA